AUGUCGCCUCUAAAAGCUUCAGGUGAGGAUGGUCUAAGAGCAGUUUUCUAUCAACGUUUCUGGCAUAUCUUGGGAGAUGAAGUAGCUGGUUAUUGUAUCAGUUUUUUAAACGGUGAGUUUCCUAUAAACCUUAUUAAUCAUAUGCAUAUUGUCUUAAUUCCAAAAGUUAAGAGUCCUCGCAGCAUGAUGAAUUUUCAUCCCUUAAGCCUUUGUAACGUAUUGUAUAAGAUUGCUUCAAAGGCUUUGGUGAAUAGGUUUCAAGAAGUUCUUCAGUUUUGCAUUGAUGAGGCACAAAGCGCAUUUGUGUCGGGGCGUCUUCUUUCUAAUAAUAUUGUGGCCGCUUAUGAGAUUUUCCAUUCCAUGAAAAAUAGAAGAUUUGGCAUGGGGAAUAGGUUAGAUGUGGAGAGAAUUUGGGGGGUUCAUCAUGCUGAUAAUUGGGAGAAAUACUUGGGUUUACCUUGUAUGGUUGGCUGGAACAAGAAGUGGGCUUUUGUUAGCCUAAGGGAUAAAAGUCAAAGUCAGAUAUCUUCUUAG